UCUCUCUAUAAGUAGACCACCACGAUCCGGCACUCCAAUCCCAGCUUCCUCAGUUCUUUCUCCUGCUCCUUCUCUCUCUCUCUCUCGUUUGCGUCGAAGAACCAGAGUGUUUUUGCUAGCUUAGCUCCUCCUGCAAUUCGACCAUGAGCUACCAGCAGGGAUACCCGCCGCCGGGCACUGCGGCUCCGGCGUACCCUCCCCCGGGCACUGCAGCGCCGGCCUACGUGGCGCCGCCGCCGCCCGCCUACUCGCAGAACCAGCAGUACCCCCCUGCCGCCGCCGGCGACACCACGACCCGCGGCCACGGCCACGGCAGCGACGGCUUCUUGAAAGGAUGCUGUGCGGCGCUCUGUUGCUGCUGCCUCCUCGACGCCUGCUUCUGAUCGAGCUUGUCAGCUGCUGAUCGUCCGUCAGUCAUGGUGAUUAUUGUGCUACGGAUCUGCAGUUGAUGGCAUUGUUGUUGCUCCCUCGCUCUAACAAAGCAUGUCUCAACUUUGACUAAAUUUGAAUGCAUCUAUACAUUAAGUCAUGUCUAGGUAUAUCCAAAUUUUGAUAAAUUUGAGACAUUUUUUGUUGGACGGAGGAAGUUAUCGAGUAGUUUUUGAUAGAUUACCUCUGUUUAGCACUAGUCGCUCCACAGAAUUUGUUUGUUUCCGACAGCGAGUUAUCAAUGCAUUUUUUUUAUUGAGCAUAUGCAGGAUUGCAGACAUGGUGAUUGCAGACGCUUAUAAUUUCGUUCCCGUGCUGAACAAUUUUUUUUAUUUGAUUACCAUGGCAUUGUAACGAAGUCAUAAGUUGAAUAUCAUACACGGAGUAAUUCCGUAUUACGAAA